CGUAACUUUUUCUUUGGUUGCAUUUGCAUUUUUGAUUUUUGACAAGAUUUUCGGUCGGAAAAAUUGAUAAGUGAUAUUAAUUGUUUUUCUCAUCUCAAUUCUAUACCAUAAACUGUAGCAAAGGAUUUAUAUUUUAGAGGAAGAAUGUAUGUUCAAUUCAGCAGUGCACAAUGUCCACUAUUUUGAAAGUACCGUCUGCGGUAAUUCAAGUGAAGACAUCAGUUUGAAUGUUUUCGGCGAUAUGUUGACUGUAUGCUGAUUUUUUUUUGUCAUCAGUAGUUCAAUAAUUCAAAAUCUUUGAAGUUGAUUGUUUGGUUGAUUGUACUCUACAAGAUGUUUGCUGUUGGCAUUAAUAACCCGGUGGUUUAUCAUCUGACGCAAAUACCUCUCAACAUUGCGUACUGGAAAUCAAGAACUAACCGUCAGUUGUAUAGUAAUCCAGUUAGUCAACACAAUGAACGUGCAUCUCAAUCGUUGAAAGAUAUAACGAAACAACUUAAUUUAACACCUGUGAUGUUCAAUCAUAAAAGUACGUUUUCGGUAAAUAUUCUUGGAUGUAAGAAGAGAAAUCUCAGUAAUAACUGGAAGCAAUCGUAUAUUUCUGGAAAUACUUUUUCGGAUAAUAAGAAAGGUCUUGAUAGUAUUCGACAUGAUUCUUUCUACAUUUCUCUCAAUAGGUCACGUAACGUAAAUUCAAUUUCUGCUCUUAGCUCGAACCACAGACGGUUAUUCGAACAGCAAAUUCGAACGUUUAAAACUGAAAGAUCCAUUAAAGUAGAAUCUAUGAGAGGAAGUUCUAUUUCUUCUCGCAUUAAAGAUAUAUUUCCUUUGGAAGGUGCUUCAUCUACAAUUUUAGGAAAAACAAACUUGGCCAAUAAGUUCCUCAAGACGGACAAUUUAUCUGAAGAAGAGGCAGUCAAACUUAAAGUUGCUUUUGCAGAAGGAUACGCAGCUGGCCAGAGUAAACAUACCAGAGCGGUUAAAUUAUUAAAAGCUCUUCAAACUUUUCUUCUCGUAGUAUUAAUAAUUUUAGGAGGUGUGAUGGUAAUGGCAUCAGCUAGUGGCACAGUAUUCAAACUCCAGCUCGGAAAUCAAGUUGAGGUAGAUGCUCAAGAAAUCGACAUAACUUUCGAUGAUGUAAAGGGUGUAGAUGAAGCUAAGCAAGAACUGAAAGAAAUAGUUGAAUUUUUAAAGAAUCCUGAAAAGUUCUCAGCAUUAGGCGGUAAACUUCCUAAAGGAGCGUUAUUAGUAGGACCGCCUGGAACGGGAAAAACUUUAUUGGCUCGUGCGGUGGCUGGUGAAGCCGGUGUUCCGUUUUUUCACGCAGCUGGUUCAGAAUUUGAUGAAAUAUUAGUCGGACAAGGCGCGCGUCGUGUUCGUGAUUUAUUCAGCGCUGCUAAAAGUAGAGCACCUUGCGUUAUUUUCAUAGACGAAAUAGACGCUGUUGGCGGUAAAAGAACUAAUUCAGUGUUACAUCCGUAUGCUAAUCAAACUAUUAACCAGCUACUAUCUGAAAUGGAUGGUUUUCAUCAAAACGAAGGAGUCAUCGUACUUGGAGCUACAAAUCGACGAGAAGAUCUAGAUAAAGCGUUACUGAGACCAGGGCGUUUUGAUGUAGAAGUUCAUGUGAAUGUUCCUGAUUUUACUGGACGAAAAGAAAUCUUGGAAUUAUAUUUGAAGAAAAUCCAAUGCCGUGAUAUUGAUAUUGAUCUCUUGGCAAGGGGUACUACUGGUUUCACCGGAGCUGAUUUGGAAAACAUGGUUAAUUUGGCCGCUUUAAAAGCUGCGAUCGAUAAUGCUAAAUUUGUAUCCAUGAAAGAUCUAGAAAAUGCGAGAGAUAAGGUCAUUAUGGGCCCUGCUCGUAAAAGUCGUAUUCCAGAUGAAGAAGCGAACGAAAUCACCGCUUAUCACGAAGGCGGCCAUGCGCUUGUUGCCCAUUAUACUAAGGAUUCGCAUCCCAUUCAUAAAGUAACUAUCAUACCUCGUGGACCUUCCCUGGGGCAUACUGCUUACAUACCGAAAAAAGAAAACUAUCAUACUCGUAAAUCAGAAUUGUUAGCAACUAUCGACACAAUGAUGGGUGGCAGAGCGGCCGAAGAAUUGAUUUUUGGGCCGGACAGAAUUACCUCCGGUGCAGCAAGUGAUUUGAAACAAGCGACCGCUAUUGCUACCAAUAUGGUGAAAGAAUGGGGCAUGUCUGAAAAGGUUGGCCUUAGAACUUUCGAUAGUAAAGAUGGUUCAUUAAUUAAUGUUAAUGAAUUGAGUCCCAGCACUACGGAAGCUGUUGAUCAAGAAAUUAGAAAAAUCCUUCACGAUUCUUACGAACGCGCCAAAGCUAUUUUAAAAAGCCAUGCUAAAGAACACAAACAAUUGGCAGAAGCUUUACUGAAGUAUGAAACUUUGGAAGCUGAUGAUGUGAAAGCUAUUUUAAGUCCGAGAAAAGACAGCGCUGACAGGUUAUAAUAUUUUUACGUUGAUUCAACAUGUGAUAUUUUCUCCUUAUUAUCCAGCCCUCCCAUUUUAUUUGCCCCUCUUAUUCGGUUCAUACGGAUAUUUUGUAUUUGUUUUUCCUCUAUCUAUCAGUUUGUUUAUUUUUUUUUUUUUUUUGUUCGAAACGAGAAGACGCGGUGUAUUAAAAGUAGUAAAAUGUCCAUCAUUACGUAGGUUUUACGAACUCGAAAAUAGUACUCCUAGAUGUAUUGCUUGUUAAAAUAUUAAUAACAAUUUGUACAUUGAAAAGUUGUAAAAUAAAUUUCUUCGUUAAAAA